GAUGACCAGAGACUGCGGACAUAGUACAGGAGAUGAACAGAGACUGCGGACAUAGUACAGGAGAUGACCAGAGACUGCGGACAUAGUACAGGAGAUGACCAGAGACUGCAGACAUAGAACAGGAGAUGACCAGAGACUGCGGACACAGUACAGGAGAUGAACAGAGACUGCGGACACAGUACAGGAGAUGACCAGAGACUGCAAACAGUACAGGAGAUGACCAGAGACUGCAGACACAGUACAGGAGAUGACCAGAGACUGCAGACAGUACAGGAGAUGACCAGAGACUGCGGACACAGUACAGGAGAUGACCAGAGACUGCAGACAUAGUACCGGAGAUGACCAGAGACUGCAGACAUAGUACAGAAGAUGACCAGAGACUGCGGACACAGUACAGGAGAUGACCAGAGACUGCGGACAUAAUACAG